UGUUUCAGAUAAAAGCUUUUGAUCUUGAGCAGUCUCUGCAAGAGGUGACAGAGCGGUAUGAGAAAGAAAAGCAAAAGAGGAGAGCUCUACAUAACAGCUUAGUUGAACUGAGAGGAAAUAUCAGAGUCCACUGCAGGAUCCGACCACUACUACCUUUUGAUACUGCUGCUGGACAUUCCGUACUGCAAGAUAGGCAAAGAAACUUUUCAGAAAAAGUGGCAUAUGCAGUUGAUGAUGAAACUGUCCUUGUAAAGUGUAGCCGUCCUGGCCAUGCACCAAUAAACAAGACUUUUCAGUUUGAGAGAGUUUACAGUUCUUUGGAGUCUCAAGACACAGUAUUUGCAGAUGUGGCCCCUUUGUUAACAUCUCUACUGGAUGGGUACAAUGUGUGUAUCAUGGCUUAUGGGCAAACCGGAAGCGGGAAGACCUACACGAUGCUGGGACCACAGCUAGGGGAGAACUUUGCAUUCUCCAUGGAAGAUGAAUCACAACUUGGAAUUAUUCCUCGAGCUACCCAAGAAGUGUUCAGGCUUCUUUCAGAAAAGCCACCAGGAAGUUACUGGGUUGAGGUUUCUGUUGUAGAAGUGUAUAAUAAUGAAAUUUUUGAUCUCCUGGCCAAAGACGGUUGCGGGAAAGUGUUUGGCGUCAAACGUGACGUUGUCACAACCCGAGGAGGAAAGAGCGACGUUCCGUUGCUGACGCAUGAGACUGUUGAAAAUGCGUCUGAAUUUUUGCAUCUUGUCAACAAAGGUCUACAGCUGAGAGUCAGGCACCCAACACUGGUGCACGCUCAUUCCUCUCGUUCUCACCUGAUAGUUACACUGACCAUAACCACACUCGUCUCCGGAGAUAACUCCGGUCCUGCAUGGGAAGAUGAACAAGCCACUCAGAGACUAAACAAAGAGGUUUCCUGCACCUAUCCGCAAAAAAUGAGAGACAGUAAAUCCACCUCUUCUUCCAGAGCCUCUUCACCAGCCCAAGCUGAAGCCACUGAGAAACUGAAGCAGGCCAAAACCAGGCUGCAGCUGGUGGAUCUGGCUGGUAGCGAGUGUGUCGGUAUGUCUGGCGUGACGGGGGCAGCGCUGAGAGAGACAUCGUUUAUCAACCGCAGCUUGUCUGCCCUAGCCGACGUUCUUGGAGCAAUAGCAGAGCAGCGAUCUCACGUACCCUAUCGAAACAGCAAACUUACCCACCUGCUUCAGGACUCCGUAGGAGGUGAUGCUAAGCUGUUGGUGAUGCUGUGCAUCUCUCCUGACCAGAAGUACUUGACAGAAUCGAUGCAGUCUCUGGGAUUUGGAACUCGUGCUCGGCAAGUUCAGAGAGGACAAGUCAAGAAAAGAAAUUUCCCAGUGCAGAGUAAAGCAAAAUAA